UAACCUUUAUCAAACAGUAUCUAAAUUCUGAUUGGAUAAAUCGCGUUCGACGACAUUCGAUUUCGAUUUCGCGAUAAACGCGCAUAUUCUGUAUUAAGUUGCUCGUCAACAGUCUGCAUUUAAUAUUUGUUUAUUCCCUUAGUAACUAUCGUUGUAUUUAAAAGUAGCUACUAAUCACAUAUUACUAACAAUAACAACAACAACAACAAAAUUCAGACGCCAUAAUAUGUACGAGCGGAUGUUUUGUAUAAGACGUUUGCGUGGUAGUUAUAAUAUUGUCUGGAUAUAGAGGAUAGAUUUUAUUAAUAGAAGCGUGUGAGCUUUGAUUCCAUCUCUACCACGCAUGUGUUGUAUUGCUGCAGCGACGUGCAUCAGAUCCGCUUUCACACACUUCAUCUGCAUUCACACAUUUACCAGUUAUACCGGACCCGGAUAGAUCGCCUUCAUCUCUUGCAUUUGAUUCCAGAGAUCUGCCUUUAUUUCGCUAGAGCAGGAAGCUCGCCUUCGUUAGGUGUGCGCGUUUUGUUGUUUUUGUGACGGCUUGUAUCGCAUCGUAGCAGCGGCUCUGAGACGCGAAAGCCAACGCGAUCUGCUAUGUGUCAUAGCGAAGAAAGGCAGUAAAUAAAGGGGACGCGUCCGUCUGCGUGAAGAGAGAGCAAGAUGGUGAUCAUGGCUUCUUUUCAUUUUUCCUCUAAAUGCUUGAACGCGAUGGCCAUCCCCGCGAUCACGCUCAAGCUCUUUCUGUGGGCUUUUCUAAUCGCUCAUCUGCCUUUGAGCUCUGUCCAGCUGGAAAGUGAUGAUGAUGAAGUGACAAACAAAACGUGGGUUCUGACCCCCAAAGUGUAUGAGAGCGACGUCACGCAUAUUUUGAACAGCUUACUAGACGGCUACGAUAACAAGCUGCGGCCAGACAUCGGAGUCAAACCAACCGUGAUCCAUACAGACAUGUUUGUCAACAGUAUUGGUCCAGUAAAUGCCAUCAACAUGGAGUAUACGAUUGACAUCUUCUUCGCCCAGACGUGGUAUGACAGGCGGUUGAAGUUCAACAGCACCAUGAAGGUUCUGCGUCUCAACAGCAACAUGGUAGGAAAAAUCUGGAUCCCUGACACGUUUUUCCGCAACUCUAAGAAGGCAGAUGCGCACUGGAUCACCACACCUAAUCGGAUGCUUCGGAUAUGGAACGACGGGCGUAUACUCUACACUUUGAGGUUGACCAUUGAUGCAGAGUGCCAGCUUAAACUGAAUAACUUUCCAAUGGAUGAGCAUUCAUGUCCCCUGGAGUUCUCAAGCUAUGGCUACCCCAAGGAGGAGAUCGUAUACAAGUGGAAGCGCAGCUCAGUGGAGGUUGGAGACAUCCGCUCCUGGCGUCUUUACCAGUUCUCCUUUGUUGGCCUGAGAAAUACCUCAGAGGUUGUCAGGACUGUGUCAGGAGAUUAUGUGGUUCUCACCGUCUUCUUUGACUUAAGCAGAAGAAUGGGUUAUUUCACCAUCCAGACGUAUAUCCCCUGUACCUUGAUUGUUGUUCUGUCCUGGGUUUCAUUCUGGAUCAACAAGGAUGCAGUGCCAGCCAGAACUUCUUUGGGAAUCACAACUGUGCUUACCAUGACCACUUUGAGUACCAUUGCUAGGAAGUCCUUACCCAAAGUGUCAUACGUCACGGCUAUGGACCUCUUCGUAUCGGUGUGCUUCAUCUUUGUUUUCGCCGCUCUGAUUGAGUACGGAACGCUCCACUACUUUGUGAGCAACCGCAAGCCCAGCAAAAACAAAGACAAGAAGAAGAAAAAUCCUCUCCUGCGGCUCUUUUCCUCCAAGGCCCCCACUGUGGACAUUCGCCCGCGCUCAGCCACCGCCAUCCAGAUGAACAACGCCACCCACAUGCAGGAGCGGGACGAGGAGUACGGGUACGAGUGUCUGGACGGGAAGGACUGCACCAGCUUCUUCUGCUGCUUUGAGGACUGUCGCUCAGGAGCGUGGCGGCACGGCCGUUUGCACAUCCGUAUCGCUAAGAUAGACUCUUACGCCCGCAUUUUCUUUCCUACCGCAUUUGGUCUAUUCAACGUAGUUUAUUGGUUUUCCUAUCUUUAUCUUUAAAAUAUUUCAAACUAAAAAAAUAAUAGGCUGGCCUUAUUUUAUGUUACAGAUUCCAGCAAGACCCUUUCUUGGAAACGUGAACCCACUGAAAACAUUUAAGUUGCAACGUGUUGUUGUUGUUUUUCCGGUCUCUGUUAUUUUUAUUUAUUUAUUUAUUUAUUUAUUUAUUUGUGCAUUUACGUAUUAUGUGAAUUGUUGGUUUGUCUAUGUUUACAUCUUUUUCUAGAAAGUAUAUCUUGUGCAUAAAGCAAACGUUGUAGCAAAAAAAGAAAAAAAAAAAAGCAGAAGGGGCAGUCAGUGAAAA